AUGGACUCCCUCAAACCCCCCACCACAACCGGCUGGAAAUCCUGGAGCGCCAAAAAGAAAGCCCUCCUCCUCACCUCGCUGCUCAUCUUCAUCAUCGCUCUAGGCGUCGGUCUCGGCGUCGGUCUCGGUCUCGGUCUACACAAGGGAGACGACAACGAUGAAGGCAACGACAACAACACAACAAACAUCUGGCAGCCCGCCGUCGGCACCUCAUGGCAGAUUGUACUCCGGUACGCAUUAAACGACACCUCCGUCGACGCAGAGGUAUACGACAUCGACCUCUACGACAACGACAAGGGCGUCAUGGACGAGCUGCACGCCGACGGCCGGAAGGUGAUUUGCUAUUUCAGUGCGGGCACGUACGAGGACUGGCGCGAUGACGCGGCCCAGUUCCCUAGAAAUACACUGGGGGAUGGAUUGCCUGACUGGCCUGGUGAGAGGUGGGUUGAUAUUCGGUCGAGCAGGGUAAGGGAGAUUAUGGGGGCGAGGUUGGAUGUUGCGGUUGAGAAGGGGUGUGAUGGGGUGGAUCCUGAUAAUGUGGAUGGGUAUGAUAAUGAGAAUGGGCUGGGGCUGGGGGAGGAUGACUCGGUGGAUUAUAUGAACUGGUUAGCGGGGGAAGCGCAUGGGCGGAAUCUGUCGAUCGGGUUGAAGAAUGCGGGGGAUAUUAUACCGCGGGUUAUUGGGCGCAUGCAGUGGAGUGUGAAUGAGCAGUGUGCGCAGUAUGAGGAGUGUGAUGUGUAUGCGCCGUUUGUCCGGAGGGGGAAGCCGGUUUUCCAUAUUGAGUAUCCCAAGGGCGAUGAGACGAAUGAUGAGGUGAUGGUCCGCGGGGCGAAGAAGGAGCAGGCGUGCGAUUUUGAUGACUCGGGGGACUUUUCGACCGUCAUUAAGAAUAUGGAUUUGGAUAAUUGGAUCCAGACUUGUUAG